AUGGUUGUCGGGUCGGUCGGGCUCGAUGCUAUUGCCAAAGAGGCUGUUGAUCUGGAGAAUAUCCCUAUAGAAGAGGUCUUGGAGCAUCUUAAAUGUACAAAAGACGGUUUGAAUUCUGAUGAUGUUCAGAAGAGGUUGGACAUGUUUGGAUAUAAUAAACUUGAAGAAAAGAAGGAAAGCAAAAUACUGAAAUUCUUGGGUUUUAUGUGGAAUCCUCUGUCCUGGGUCAUGGAAGCUGCAGCUUUUAUGGCAAUUGCUCUUACUCCAAUAGGGCUCCAUGUUGACGUGACCUUUGUGCAGGGUAAUAAAGUAGACUAUCCAGAUUUUGCUGGGAUCACAGCCUUACUUAUUAUAAACUCAACCAUCAGUUUCAUAGAGGAAAACAAUGCUGGCAAUGCAGCCGCUGCUCUAAUGGCUCGGUUAGCCCCAAAAGCCAAGGUUCUGCGCGAUGGAAGGUGGAGCGAGGAGGAUGCUUCAGUGUUGGUUCCUGGAGACAUAAUUAGUAUUAAACUCGGUGACAUCAUUCCUGCGGAUGCGCGUCUUCUUGAAGGAGAUCCUUUGAAGAUUGAUCAGUCUGCUCUUACUGGAGAAUCACUACCAGUAACCAAAAAUCCAGGUGAUGGGGUGUACUCAGGUUCAACCUGCAAGCAAGGUGAAAUUGAAGCAGUGGUAAUUGCGACCGGGGUUCACACGUUCUUUGGAAAGGCAGCUCACCUUGUGGAAAACACAACACAUGUUGGUCAUUUCCAAAAGGUUCUGACAGCAAUUGGAAACUUCUGCAUUUGCUCAAUUGCUAUUGGGAUGGUCAUCGAAAUGAUAGUGAUAUAUGGUCUUCAGGGUAGGGAAUAUCACGAUGGUCUCGAUAGUCUACUCGUGCUACUAAUUGGUGGGAUACCCAUUGCUAUGCCAACUGUGCUUUCGGUUACAAUGGCCAUUGGUUCCCACCGUUUGUCUCAGCAGGGUGCCAUAACAAAAAGAAUGACUGCCAUUGAAGAAAUGGCCGGAAUGGAUGUGUUAUGCAGUGACAAAACAGGCACAUUGACACUUAACAAGCUUACAGUUGACAAAAGUAUGAUUGAGGUAUUUCCCAAAGAUGUUGACAAGGAUAUGGUUAUACUCAUGGCUGCAAGAGCAUCAAGGCUGGAAAAUCAAGACGCUAUUGAUACCGCAAUUGUUUCAAUGUUGGCAGACCCUAAGGAGGCCCGGGCCGGAAUCAAAGAGGUUCACUUCCUUCCAUUCAAUCCAACGGAUAAAAGGACUGCACUUACAUUUAUUGAUGCUGAUGGUAGAAUGCACAGAGUCAGCAAAGGUGCACCAGAGCAGAUUCUCAAUCUGGCACAUAACAAAUCAGAAAUUGAAAAGAGGGUACAUGCAGUCAUUGACAAGUUUGCAGAACGUGGACUACGGUCGCUUGGAGUUGCGCGCCAGGAAGUUCCUGCUGGAACCAAAGACAGUCUUGGUGGUCCCUGGGAAUUCGUCGGACUUUUGCCGCUCUUUGACCCUCCUCGCCAUGACAGCGCUGAAACAAUCAGAAGAGCUCUUGAUCUUGGUGUGAGUGUUAAGAUGAUCACAGGUGACCAACUUGCAAUUGGUAAGGAAACAGGAAGGCGACUCGGAAUGGGGACAAACAUGUACCCCUCUUCUGCUCUCCUAGGUGACAAGGAUGGAGGAUUUUCUACUCUUCCAAUCGAUGAGCUCAUUGAGAAAGCUGAUGGUUUUGCCGGCGUUUUUCCUGAACACAAAUAUGAGAUUGUGAGGAGAUUGCAAGAGAGGAAACACAUAUGUGGAAUGACUGGAGAUGGAGUGAAUGAUGCGCCUGCAUUGAAGAAAGCCGACAUAGGAAUUGCUGUGGCUGAUUCUACAGACGCCGCUCGGAGUGCUUCCGAUAUAGUCCUGACAGAACCCGGAUUGAGUGUCAUCAUUAGUGCUGUCUUAACAAGCCGUGCCAUUUUUCAAAGAAUGAAAAACUACACGAUAUAUGCAGUGUCAAUCACAAUACGUAUUGUGCUAGGUUUCAUGUUGUUGUCAGUCUGCUGGAGAUUCGACUUCCCUCCUUUUAUGGUUCUUGUUAUUGCCAUUCUCAAUGAUGGUACUAUAAUGACCAUAUCAAAAGACAGGGUAAAGCCAUCUCCAGUCCCUGACAGUUGGAAGCUAAAAGAGAUUUUCGCAACCGGCAUUAUCCUUGGUGCUUAUCUUGCUCUUAUGACUGUCAUAUUCUUCUGGACAGCCUAUGAAACCAAAUUCUUUCCGAAUAAAUUUGGUGUGGAGGACAACAUUGGAAAAUACCUCUAUAACACAUCAAAUCCAACCGAAGCCAAACCAUAUAACCAGAGGAUGUCAUCUGCUAUCUAUCUCCAAGUCAGCACCAUCAGCCAAGCCUUAAUUUUCGUGACACGAUCCCGGGGCUGGUCAUACUUUGAAAGACCUGGCCUUUUGCUUGUCUCUGCCUUCCUCAUUGCUCAACUGAUUGCAACAAUAUUAUCUGCCACUGCAAGUUGGAGUUUCGCCGGCAUUAGAAGUAUUGGUUGGGGAUGGACAGGCGUGAUUUGGCUGUACAACUCUCUGACAUACUUGUUGCUUGAUCCAAUCAAAUUUGCAGUCCGAUAUGCUCUCAGUGGUAGGGCGUGGAACUUAGUGAUGGAUCAAAGGACUGCAUUUACGAACAAAAAGGACUUUGGGAAGGAAGCUCGCGAGGCGAAAUGGGCAACUGAGCAGCGAACACUGCACGGUCUCCAGACCGCUGAGGCAAAGCCGAUUUCUGAGAGGGUCCACACUUUCAGGGACAUUAGUCUCAUGGCAGAAGAAGCUAGAAGGCGUGCAGAGAUUGCCAGAUUGCGGGAGCUUCACACUCUCAAAGGUAAAGUCGAAUCAUUUGCCAAGCUGAGGGGUUUAGAUAUUGACGCCAUUAACCAGCACUACACUCUUUAA